AUGUCUGAGCGUGGACGUGGUGGCUUUGGACGUGACCGUGGCCGUGGCCGCGUGCCUGUCACCUCGCUCGGUCGUCUCGUCAAGGACGGCAAGAUCAAGUCGAUGGAGGAGAUCUACCUGUUCUCGCUCCCCAUCAAGGAGUACCAGGUUGUGGACAUGCUCCUGCCCAAGCUUACGGAUGAGGUGAUGAAGAUCACGCCCGUUCAGAAGCAGACUCGUGCCGGUCAGCGCACCCGCUUCAAGGCGUUCGUGGCCAUUGGUGACUCGGACGGCCACCUGGGUCUCGGUGUCAAGUGCGCUAAGGAGGUGGCCACGGCCAUCCGCGGUGCCAUUAUCAUGGCCAAGCUCUCGAUCAUCCCUGUCCGCCGUGGCUACUGGGGUAGCGCCCUCGGUAAGCCCCACACGGUGCCGACCAAGGUGUCGGGCAAGACGGCGUCGGUUAUGUGCCGUCUUGUCCCCGCCCCCCGUGGUACGGGUAUUGUGGCCUCGCCGGCGCCGAAGCGUCUGCUUCAGCUCGCUGGUAUCGAGGACGUGUACACGCAGUCGAAGGGUCAGACCGCCACUAUGGGUAACUUCCUGAAGGCCACCUUCGAGGCCGUGUCGAAGACCUACGCGGUCCUUACGCCGGACCUCUGGCAGGAGGUGCCGGUCCCUCCGACGCCCUACGUGGAGCAUGCCACGCACCUUGCGCGUGCCGGCAAGAAGCUCCACUAA